AUGUAUCCCGGCGGGUGGAUUAAGCGCGUUCGGAAAGCUUAUUAUCAAAGGAGUGCUUUAGUUGAGACGCUGCCGAGGGGGAAGAAUCUCGGGGCUUUGUAUAUCAUAUAUGUCAACAUACAUCAUGUGCAUGAGUCUCAUCUCCUCGAAUAUUGGCGGCUUCACCAAAAAGGCCACGACUGGGGUAAUGAUGUUCAUGUCCUACAGCAUCGGCCACAUCGUGGCUCCCCAGUCUUUAGACACAAGGAAGCACCACGGUAUCGAACGGGGUUCCGUGCCUUCUAUAUUAGUGUGGCGCUGAUGAUUGUGAUUGAGGUGUCGAUGGUAGUCUAUCUUUGGAGAAGGAAUGUGAAGAAGGAAAAAGAAGCCGCUAAUACCAGCAGCAUGGACAAUGAUGAGGGUGUCUCUAUGACGUACUUUCAGGACUUUACUGAUAAGGAGCAUCCGAAGUUUCGAUAUGUUGUUUAA